GUGUUUGUUGGAGAUAGAGUGUAGCUGUGUGGAUAAUGAUAUAAAGUAAAUGGUGAUUUCUGAUGACGCUUGUAGCUUGCCAGGAUAGGAUCUCUUGUACGUUUAUGUUUGGCAUGCUUCUUGUGAAAGCCCCAAACUCGUCGCAUCUUCACGAGCAGCAAUGCCUGCGGCCCUGCAGCGAGGACAGAGUCGAGGCGCGAAACUUGGCAGCAAAAGGCGACACCCCAUCCCCUCUGCAAUUGCAAUCACUUCGCGCGGCAGCCAAAACGACUGCCCAAAAUGGAAACCUAAUACUAGCGCUAGCUAGUAUCAGUUACUGCAUCACCAAAACCCAACAACAAUCCAAGAGGAUCCGUCAUGGGACACACUGAAACAAGCCCAAGAUGCCAUUGGAUGGCAUCAUCUGUUAAAGAGGAGAAUCUCCAAACAAUUCAGUCAGGAACAAGACCGAUAAUUGAACAUGAAAAAGAUGGCAACCAAACACAACAAUGAACUCACAUGGCUCACUGGACUCAUUGACAUUAUCUAUAAAGAAUGGUGGAAACUCUGGGGCAUGCGCAACCAAGACAGACAUGGGCACGACAUGAGAACCAAGUCACAAGCAAAGAAAGCACAAGCAAUCGGACAACUCACUCAGUUCUACGAAGCAUACCAGCAUGAAGUCCCCGAAGAUUUGGAAUUUCUAUUCCAGGUACCACUGGAAUAGAGCAUGCGACUGAAUAGCUACAACACUCAUCAUCAUUCAAUUUUUAAACACAUGGGAACCUGUGUUACAAGAGAGUGACUCAGUGACUACACCACAGCCCUGGAAACAGGAUAGUCGGACAUUCCUACCAUCCUUUUUCUUUCCCCACCUCCUCCAAUCUUCUUUAGCAACCCCACUCUCUUCAACAAAGAGCUCAUGAUUUGUGGUGAAUCAUUGCUGGACCCUCAGUAGAUCUACCACUACAAACCGCCUCACAACUGAAAUGUCAUUGGCACAUCAAAUCUGCCAACUCCAACACCAUGCAGGUAACCUUGCGUCAAGGAGCCAGCCCAGACAAUCGUGAUUUGGUAGUGCUUGGCCAUGACGGUGAUAACGGGACGGGCCCGACACAUCCUAUGGUGUAUUGUAUUGACAUAUGUAGGUCCAGUACCAGUACUAUGAUAGUACGUGCUACUCUGGGCUCUGGGUUGCUGGCUUGAGGCUUGCUUGCAUGCAUGAGGGACACGAUCGGGAGCAAAGACUUUUGCACAUCCGUUCAAUCACUAACUACACUUCAGUCACCCCACAGUACCGGUAGUAAGCAUGCAAGCGUGAUGUCAGAGUUGUUGGAAAGCUCUGACGCACAUGUCCGCAUGCAGUUUUGCUUCUUUUCUUUCUGUCUGCAAUAGUCUGACGCACGAAAAGAAGCAUUCUUUGGAAGGCAUUGCUGCCGACUGCCGGUAUGUACAUGUAGUAGCUACCGGUACCAUGGUACCAGUAAGAGCUACUGGAAGCUACUACCGGUAGCUACAGUAGAACAGCGGAAGGCGGAUUACGAAAAGAGCGGCAACAGCUCAUCAACAAGCACAAAAAUCACCUCCAAAACUGACAAAGGACAGGCGAAGUAUUGCCGGUCGAGGAAGGACUGGGGGGUUCAAAGCCAGAUGACGAGCAAUUCGUGUCAUCGGAGUCGAGUCGAGUCGAGUCCAAAAGCUUGAUCCGAAGUGGGUGGUGGCAUUGGAAGUUGGUGCGGGAGUCUAGUGCACGAGUUUGGAUCAUUCUAUUGCUGGUAGUCUAUUCUGUUUGGUGCUCCUGCAUCUUUCUUCGAGCGCUUGACUGAUUGAUCGGAUACUGGCUGUAGUGAAUCCAAAAGGAUCAGGGAAACCAUGUCAAACCCAUUUGACCAACUUUUUCGAGUUCUACAAGGCCAAACCGAAUGGCGAUUCUUCGGUAUCCCCGUGGCUGCCGAUGAUGCAUCGACUGGAGGUGCGGGUGGUGAGGGUGCAGCGGAUUUGAUAGACGCAGUGCUUACGCCGGCUUUGAAUGCCCCAGCUGACGGCUCCAGAAGAACUUACUUCAACCUCCGGUUCUCUCCUUUGGAGUUGGCACUGAUGGCCAAGGCAGACAUCGGAACAGUGACGAGAUUAUAUGAUGCUUGUCCCGCUGCAUUGGAUCAGAAUCUCUUCUGGAAUCUGUGUCGCUGUGGCGCCCAAGUGGGUGUCCUGGCAUACCUUGUCAACAGGAAUACCCAGCUGGCAGGAGUGCAAACACAUGACAGGUGGUAUCCCAUCAAUCUAGCCAUGGAGAAAGGUGGGCACAGCGACAUGGAUAUCCGAGCUCUUGCACAGGCUCAUCCAGGCAGCCUCAGUUCCAAUUUGUACCCAUACGUCAAUGCUCUCAGAAUUGCCUUGCGCCGGUCGAGAUUCCGCCGAGGCUUGAUCCAGUUUCUUUUUCAACUCAGUCCCAUGUUUCAUGAUCAGUCCAUGCGGUUUCCAGGAGAUGUGUUGGAAGAGGAGGGAUCCAAUGGAGGGCAAGUUGUCCCCCCAAUGUUUCCGGAGGUUGAUGAUAGCAACACUCCUCAGUUCCGUGCUCAUCUCAAUAUGGAUUGUGCUUAUGGGAUGGUACCCAUGCUGUUGAGCUGUGUCAAGUUUUACAACUAUUGCCAGAAGUGGAAGAGUGAUGCCUUCAUGCAGGUUUGGCACAAUCUACUAGCAAGCAUCAAGCUUCAGAAGGUAAUCACUUGCGUACCCAACACUUUUGAAUUCAACAUAAAUCAGCAGUGGUUUCAAACCCCUCAGUUCAGGUCAUUAGCGUCCACUUCCAAGAUUGAACAUUUGCAACUUUGGGAUGGGGUGGACAAUGCCUGUUCCCACAGCUUGCUCAAAGACUGUGCCUUGCAUUUGAAACAUCUGGUGAAACUCGAAAUAUGCAUCAUCAAGGAUCUCCUCUCCACAGGCCGCAUCAUUUGUGAACUUCUUAUGAAAGAGCAUGCUGUGUUGAGAGAGCUGGAUAUUCGUGCAUCCCGAACUCCUACAGGUAAACUCUACCCUCUCUUGAAUGCCCUGGCCGGAAACAAAAGCCUCGAAGCCUUUGUGUUUGAUGGGGAAAGCAACACAGUGCCAUACCAAGAGUAUCUUGAAGAGAUUCUCUGGUGCUCCAAUACUACUAUAUCGCGCAUCAGACUCAACACAUUCACGACGUCAGCAAAUGCCAGUAGUGAUCCGCUCUCAUACUAUGUUGCAAACAACAUGGCAGGGAGGGGUAAGGUUCGAGAAGUCGACCUGACUUUGGAUGGUUUUAUCAGCCUUCUGAAUCACGCCGAUAGCAUGCGGCAAGGCGUAACGGAACUGGACGUCGCCAACGAAUUGUAUGGGCUUUUGCGAGAGUCCCCGAAGCGAUGGAGUCCGUUUUGGGAUUGAUCAGGCCCUUGUCUGUGCAGCACGCAGUUCAAGCAAAAGUGGCCACGGAGAAUCCCUGACAAAAGCUUGCUCCUUUCGUUGAUGGGUUCAAGUUUGAAUUUGGAUGUUCAAGUUUGUUGCUGGCAACCAGCCAUGAAAAAGAUCUCUGAGUUUGAGCUGG